AUGUAUGGCUUGCCAGAGAUCCAACGACACACAAGAUUAGAACCUGAUAAAAUACCAAUGCCAGACACAAAAUUUUGUCACGUCCAUUUAGAUAUAAUCGGACCACUCCCAAUAUCAAACGGAUACAGAUUUUGCCUAACCAUGAUGGACAGAUACACAAGAUGGCCUGAAGCAGUUCCAGUCAAGGACACCUUAGCUGAAACAAUAGCUAAUACUUUCUACUCAGUUUGGAUAGCAAUAUUCGGUGCACCGGCUACUAUUACCACAGAUAGAGAUACCGAAGUACUCCCAACAGUACUACUCGGGCUUCGCACCGCCAUCAAAGAAGAUCUAGGCGCCUCAGCGGUCGACAUGGUAUACGGAACAGCACUCAGAUUACCCGGAGACAUACUCUUCAACGAAGAAACUCCAAUCGGUCAAACGGCUUUCCUCAAAGGAUUUCAGCAAGCAAUGCAGUCACUAAAACCAAAAAGCGCAGCUCAUCACGCAAAGACUAAAGCCGACGGUCAGCGAGGCCAGCUGUCACUUGACUAUGAAGGACCAUUCCCAGUGGUAGAGAGAAUCUCGGACAAAGUCUAUCGCAUCAAAAUCAAUGCCAGAGAUCAGUCUAUUUCCACAGCACGGCUUAAACCAGCAUACUUGGAAACCAACGCAGAACAACUGGCACAACAGGAAAUACCACAAGUGCAAUCAAGUUCCAGCAGACAUGACGCCGCGACUUAA